UGGGAGAGAGGAGGCGGUCCGGUUUUUGCUGAAGGCGGUGCCUGGCGAACAGGUGCCGGGGAGAAUUGGACGAGCGGCGCUAUGGAGAGUCCGACCGCAGUCAGACAGGUGGGCUGUGAGCGCUAGCGGGCUGUAGUCUCCGGGCGGGCUGGGUUGAAGAGUAUACAGGGAGAAAGCGAGGCAAAGCACAAACUCAAGGAGACGGGACGGAAAAGUCUCUGGCCGCCCGCUGCCUGUCUGACAGGGUGCACUGUUACAGGACAGCGCACCACCGGGAGCGCUCUGUCAAUGUCAGCGUGCGCUACGGGCGUCGGGAUGUUUUCCAGCCCGAGCGCUUUCUCUCUCUUCCCGUGUUAUUGAAGGGCUCCGCACUCACCGUUCCUGCCAGCUGCACUGCCCGGCUCUCCAGGGGGAAACUUUCCAAAACUGCUGCCCUGCAGUCCAGAACUGACGGAAAGAUACACUGGAAAUACUCAGCUGAGAGGCGAUACAUUUGGACAUAAAAGCGCUUUGUACCCAACAGCGCCUGCUAGGCUCUGGCAAUGGAGACGGUGACUUGUAGGAAACUUGGCACCUUGCUGUCACUGACACUGUUAUGCGGAUUUGCAGUCAAGUCGCAAACGCAGUUCAAGGUGGAGGUGGUGGAGGGCCAAGCCGUGGUCCUGGAUGCUAAUUACAGCUCCACCAGCAGCAUCGGCCGGAACAGCAUCACCUGGACCUUCAUGGCCAACACAUCAUCACCGUUACAGGUGAGGCACCUUGAAACCUUCAGUGUCGGUGUCGGCAUUCCUGCAGCUGUCUUCUCUUCAGUCCCGUCACAGAGAUGCACUCUUCAGGGCCUGGUGUCAAUAUCACAGCAACAUCCGUUUUGUAUUCCCUCUGUUUUCCUAGUUCCUCCCUCAGUGCCUGCGUGCUCAAUAACCGGUGAACCUGUGUUAAGGGGAAAUAUCACUCUGAACUGCAAAUCCGAGUCCGGGAAGCCUGUCCCUGUGUACAAGUGGAUGAAAACAGCUCCGACCAACGAAGUCUUCUUUUUCCCAGUUCAGAAUGAGCAGCUGGGCACCCUGAGGCUGAACAACCUGACCAUGAACAUGACAGGGAAGUACGUGUGCACAGCCAGCAACUCUGCUGGCUCGGAGACCUGCUUCAUCAACCUGGAAGUCUCCUCUCCGAUAAACGUAGGGUUGAUUGCUGGAGCGACAGUGGGCUGCAUUCUGGGCUUUCUGGUCAUUGUCCUUUGCCUGGUUUUUAUCCUGAAGAGAAAACGUGACUCGGAAGAUGAUAUGGCGAAUGAAAUCAAGGAGGACGCCCAAGCGCCGAAGCGAGUCUCGUGGGCGAAGAGCGGCACGGGCUCGGACAUCAUUUCCAAGAACGGCACCCUCUCCUCCAUCGCCACCGGCACGCACCCCCGAGACGCCCACCUUAUCCAUUACCCCCCCAAGCCGGCGUCUGACACCGCCUCCAUCGUCACGGCAACUGGCAGCCCCAUGAGCUACCGGCCCGACCUCCUGGUGGCCCGCGUGCCGGACGCUUCCGCCCUCCGGGGGCUGCCGGGAUACAACAGCGGCCAGUCGCUUUCCAAAGGGCCCGCCACUGCCAGCCGGCCCUCCUCCAACGGCAGCCCCGAGCCCAGGACGGACGGCGCCCAACCCCAGGCGCCGCGGCCCCCGCUCAUCGUCACCAGCAUGACGACCUCCAAUUUGCUCCGGAUGGGGGGGGUCCCAGUCAUGGUGCCCACGCAGAACCAGGCGGGCUCGCUGGUGUAGCGGCGGGGGGCCUCGGCCAGCAGAGGGCGCCUCUCCUGUCUGUUGUCAUUUGUGUUUUUGUAUAGACCCGAGGCAGAAAAGGUUUUGAAAAUGAAACUCAAAGCUGCGGAGCGAAGGAGAAAAGCCUAUUCUUUAUUCUGGAACACAAAAAUAAAUUGCACUUAAAAUCGAAAAGGAAAGAAGGCAGUACUUUGGAACAAUGUUAUAUACUGUACUUGCAAGAAGUUUAAGGUUUUUAUGUACAAGAUUUAUAUAUAUAUACAUUACAGUAUCUAUUUGUGAAAUUAUGUCCACCUUUGGUCUUUGCUAUUGCUUUAUCAGGAUAAUUUCUGUUCUGGUUUAACCCUCUUCAUUACAGAAACCUCUGGAAAUUGUGGCAACCGCUGUCUGUCAAACAGAACUGAGCUGUGAAUUUUAAAGAAGCCCCCGAAGAGAAACCUGACACAGUGUGUGUUAAUUAUAUAUGUGUGUUAAUUAAUUCUGAAUGUAAAUGCAUGUUAAAAAAAAAACAUUACGCCCAUGAAGAGGCGGCGAUGUAUGAAACAAGGCAAGAAAUUGUUGAAAAUAAACGGUCCAUUCCAAUGUAACUCACUACAUGUAAUUUAAAGGUCAUGGACAAAAGCAGUUCAGUUCAAUUUCAGUUCAGACUGUAUUAUGCCCUAAGGCAAAUCUGUCUUGUGGAGGAGUCCGGCACACCAAUACCACAGAAACAACCAUCACCAACAAAGAGGUCAGGGCAAACUGGCUUUCAGGAAAUAAAAUCAUUUCACAUUGUUUAAAAGUGAAAAGGGGGGAUAUACAGUUUGCUAUUUCUGUUACAUCUUGGGGUACAGAGGUGUUGCCCCAAAAUUUGCUGGAAAUAAAGCAAAUCAGCCUUCUAACUUCUUACGUGCUCAGCUCCAUGGAGCAGAUGUCUACUUUUUCCAGCACAUGAGUCGGGAGCUGAAAGAGAAUUAAACAUUUGCUCUGGCCAUGUGGAAUUGCCUUGUUCUCUUCCGGGAAUUUCACAGUCACUCUAGGCACCGCCUGGAUCUCGUACUGGAUCUCUGGUACAGACCUCUGCCACUGCUCUUGCACAAAGGGGACCGCAGGGGUUUUCCUCUGUCGUGAGUGCAAGAAAUCUACCAGAUUGACAUCCACAUGAUGCCUUCCCUCACCUCACCCCUGGAUGCACAGCACGAAGUUCAUUCAGACUGACUUUCAAGAGCGCUGGUGUCAGGUUUAGGAAUAUCAGUGGGUUUUCAAUCAGAAAUAUCAUGUAACGGGGAUCUUUCCCCCAUGUUAAAAAUACACCGCUUUUUCCUUCUUUGUGAGCUCAGUGAUCAGAACAACAGAUUUACCGUUUCCUUUUUUUUUUCUUGAUAUGGCGUUUUACAGAGAGCAGGAUUCUGUAUCUGAUUUUCUAACAGAUUCUAAAUGAUUCUACAAUCUAGAAAGGUGUGAUUUUCUGCCAGCGCUUACCAAAUUGUCCGAACAGGGGUUAUUUGGGUACAGUUUCACAUUUCAGAAUGCUGUUCUGAUAUUGUUACCACUGCGAUACCAAGCUUCGCCCUGUGGGAGGGUUUGGAGAGUGAGCAGCAGAUAAUUAACAGCUUUUGCACACAGAUGUUUUGGCAAGCUGUACUUGGAAGCCCUGCCAAUGAUGUUGAUUCAGCCAGGAUAGGAGAUGCUUGCUACAAACCCUGAAAUAAAUGAAAUUUGUUUUUUUUAUUUCUGCUUCAGUGAUGUUUUUCUUCUCUAUAAAAUUAAAUUGCAGCGCAUGACUGUUUCAUUCUGACAAAAAAGAUUGUUCUUUCAUACGAGAGUGGAAGCCAAACCAAAGACGUUUUAUUUAAUGUGUGAUCGGUUUAUCAACAAAUAUGUAAAUAUUGUUCUGGUCACAACAGGCAGAAUUUCAUCAGUUAUAUGUAUAUGUGUGUACUGUAUAUGCAUAACAUUUUG